AAUGCACUAAAAUUGGCAAACAACUUCCCAGGAAGCGUUUAUUACUGACCGCUGCCAACAUGGACAUAAACAGCAAACGAGAGUCUCACUAAUUACAUCUGAUUCACUGAAUUCAUAUUUGCAUUUAUAUGAAGAAAAACACCGUGUUCUCUAUCGUAAUCUUCACUAGAGCUCGUGACUGUUUACGUUGUUUACUUAGCGCCGCAGCUAAGCUAAGCUAGCUGUGUUUGUGAUGUGAGCUGGUAAAUAGUCUGUUAUCGAGGAUGUACACUUUAUUAUCGGGUCUGUACAAAUAUGUGUUCCAAAAGGACGAGUACUGCGUCCUGAUCCUCGGCCUGGACAAUGCAGGGAAAACGACCUUUCUGGAGCAAACAAAAACAAAAUUCAGUAAAAACUACAAGGGCAUGAACCUCUCGAAGAUCACAACUACAGUCGGCCUCAACAUCGGCACCAUCGAUGUGGGAAAAGCUCGUCUGAUGUUUUGGGAUCUUGGAGGACAAGAAGAACUACAGUCUUUGUGGGACAAGUACUACGCAGAGUCUCACGGCGUGAUCUACGUCAUUGACUCCACCGAUGAGGAGCGCUUGGGCGAGUCGAAGGAGGCUUUCGAGAAGAUGAUUAGCAGUGAAGUUCUGGAAGGAGUUCCUCUUCUCGUACUGGCAAACAAACAAGACGUUGAGAACUGUAUGUCUGUCCCCGACAUUAAGACGGCGUUCAGCGACUGCGCUCCCAAAAUCGGGAAGCGAGACUGUCUGGUGCAGCCCUGCUGUGCUCUAUCAGGGCAGGGAGUGAACGAUGGCAUUGAAUGGAUGGUCAAAUGUGUGAUCCGGAACAUUCACCGUCCUCCCAGACAAAAGGACAUCACAUAGAACAUCAUCUGUGUGUGUGUGUGUGUGUGUGUGUAAAUGCAUAGAGGAUGCAGUUGUUCUGAGGACGUGUAAGU